AUUUAGGCUCCGCUAAUAAGGCUUAAGUUGCUACGUUCCAAAAAUAAUCAAGGCAGGGAUAUAUGAUCGACCACUGUGGACGUGAAUGUUUACAGGAUUCUCAUGGAUUAUAUGACACCCAAUGCAAGUCUUAUAGAACUGCACUUCCAGGGGAAGGAGGUUUUAUUCUUUUUUAUCUUGAAGAGAUGCCUUAAGGGAGAGGAGGAUGUCCGAGCAAAUCUCUGCAAAGGACUUUAUGGAACACAUUGCAUUGGGCAGGGACUGAGCUCUGGUGGCAUAGACACUUCACCCCUUCACAAUGCUGCUGCAUAAUGGCGAGGAGGAGGAAGAUUUGCUCGACAGAUUUAAAGAGCUCUGGGCUGUGCAUCCAGCAUUACUGGGAACUCUGACCUCCGUUGUCUUCUUGUUCAUUUGCUGGACCAUUAGAGACAACCUAAAAAUCGGAGACACUCGCGGAAAAUCCGUGUUUAUCACCGGCUGCGAUUCAGGCUUCGGAAACCUACUGGCUCAAAGACUUCACAGGAAAGGAUUUGACAUCAUUGCUGCUUGUCUGACCGAGGAAGGGAGCGACAACCUGAGGGCCUGUACAUCUCCUGCGCUGAAAACUGUCCUAUUGAAUGUCACAAACCACAACAGUAUUGAUAAUGCUGUGACUUUUGUGGCCGAGGCGACAGGUAGUAAAGGUUUGUAUGGCUUGGUGAACAAUGCAGGAAGGGCCACUCCAAUAGGGCCUACAGACUGGUUGGACAUGGAAGACUUUCACAGAGUUCUUGAUGUAAACCUAAUUGGACUAAUCGAGGUCACCAUAAAGUUCCUGCCACUUUUGAAGAAGGGCCGUGGAAGAAUUGUCAAUGUGGCCAGUGUGAUGGGGAGAUUGGCUUUUGGAGGUGGAGGCUACUGUCUAUCAAAAUGUGGUGUAGAAUCUUUCUCAGAUAGUUUGAGGAGAGACAUGCAGCAUUUUGGAGUGAAAGUUAGUAUUAUUGAACCUGGAUUCUUUAAGACCGGGGUCACCAGCCUUGAACUAAUUGAGAAAGAUUUACAUCGCUUAUGGAAUAGACUUGCGCCAGAAGUCAGAUAUGCCUAUGGCGAUAAGUACUUUGAUAAAUAUUUAAAAGUGCAGCGAUUUUCAAUGAAAACCUUGUGCAGCUCUGACAUCUCCAAAGUUACAAACUGCAUGGAACAUGCACUGACAGCCAAAUACCCAAGGACACGGUACGGUGCUGGGUGGGAUGCAAAGUUCUUUUGGCUUCCUCUGUCUUAUGCACCAGCCAUUGUUGCUGACGUCAUGUUAAAAAUGGUAUUACCUAAACCAGGCGGGUUCAAGAAAGCAGCAGCUAAAAACCAGGUGGAUGUAUAA